AUGUUCAAACGCUACGCUGAUAGAUUCUCGAUCAAAAAUGACUAUGCGAGCUUGGUAAGGAAGAGGUGCGCGGCUAGAGUGAAGGCUCUAGAUUUUCAACAGGCAAAGACCGCAGUCAAGGUAGUUGAUGACUUCGUCAGUACAACAACAGAGGGGAAAAUCAAGAAUCUUAUAACUGAGCAUGUAGUGCAAGAUGAGUUUGUUGAUGCAUUUGUUUCUUCUCAAAUGAAUUCAGGCGCAUUCUCGCUUGUUGUGAACGCCGUCUAUUUCAAAGCCGAGUGGUGGUGUAAAUUCAUUCCCUAUUCAACAAAGAAACGUAUUUUUUACCAUUCCGAAAACAAUGAGAAACAGGUGAUGUGA